ACGUAAACUUAAUACAAGUUCAUGUACUAAAUAGUUAAGCAAGCACAUAUCAUCAUCAUAAUCACAAUAGAGACAUCUUUAUGUCUUUAUGUCUGUCCUCUAACGUCCCUCGUCGUUAAGACGGUUAGAGCAGCGCGUGUGAUUGACAGCCCUGCACGCCAUGGGCACGUGCAUUUGUUGACACCAAUUAUCCACCAUUAAACGAUAUUUGUGUUAGUUAUUAUUAUGAGGCACAAUGCUCUUUACAGGGCAGUUGCAAACAAACAAAGGCAAGCUGUUUGGUUCAGUAUUUGGAGCAUUUACCCCUAAAAGUAGAACUACAGUGGCUCUAGAAUCACUCCGACUCUGUAGAGGGCAGUAGAGUAUAGAAGAAAAAUAAGAAGAAGAAGAAGAAGAAGAAGAAGACUGUAGAAGGAUGCAGUAUUAGUGAAGCUGGCUAAAUCUAGCUAGCUAACGCUAAUGUACCAGCGUUAAACAUGAAGCUGUAUUGUCUGUCUGGUCAUCCUACAUUGCCUUGCAAUGUCCUCAAGUUCAAAUCCACCACUAUCAUGCUGGACUGUGGGCUGGACACCACCUCUGUCCUCAACUUCCUGCCCCUUCCUCUAGUGCACAGCCCAAGACUCUCCAAGCUGCCUAGUUGGGUCUCUAAGGAUGGAACAAUAAACUUGGAGAAAGAGCUGAAGGAGUGUGCGGGAAGAGUGUUUGUGGACUCACAGCCAGAGUUCUGUCUCCCUGAGAGAGAACUGCUGGAUCUGUCUACCAUUGAUGUUAUCCUGAUCUCCAACUACCACUGUAUGAUGGCCCUGCCCUAUAUCACUGAACACACAGGCUUCACUGGGACAGUGUAUGCCACAGAACCCACCCUGCAGAUUGGCAGACUGUUGAUGGAGGAACUGGUGAACUUCAUGGAGAGAGUUCCCAAAGCCCAGUCUGCCACCUGCUGGAAAAAUAAGGAAAUACAAAGGUUGCUCCCUGGGCCGCUGAAGGAUGCGGUAGAUGUGUGGACGUGGAAACGAAGCUACAGCAUGCAGGAGGUCAACUCUGCCCUCAGUAAAGUGCAGCUCGUGGGUUAUUCACAGAAAGUGGAGUUGUUUGGAGCUGUGCAGGUCUCCCCCUUAAGCUCUGGUUACUCACUGGGUAGCUCCAACUGGAUCAUCCAGUCUCAUCAUGAGAAAGUUUCCUACGUGUCGGGUUCAUCCCUCCUCACCACACAUCCACAGCCGAUGGACCAAAGCUCCCUGAAGAACAGUGACGUUCUGAUUCUAACAGGCCUCACCCAGAUGCCCACCGCCAACCCAGACGGCAUGCUGGGAGAAUUCUGCAGCAACCUUGCCAUGACGAUUCGAGCUGGAGGCAACGUGCUAGUGCCUUGCUACUCGUCAGGGGUGAUAUAUGACCUGCUGGAGUGUCUGUACCAGUUCAUUGACAGCGCCAACCUGGGGACCACGCCCUUCUACUUCAUCUCACCUGUCGCCAACAGCUCGCUGGAGUUCUCUCAGAUCUUUGCUGAGUGGCUUUGCCACAACAAACAAAGCAAGGUGUAUCUUCCAGAGCCUCCAUUUCCUCAUGCAGAGUUGAUCCAAACCAACAAGCUCAAGCACUACCCCAGCAUCCACGGAGACUUCAGCAGUGAGUUCCGUCAGCCGUGCGUGGUGUUCACCGGUCACCCCUCUCUGCGCUUUGGGGACGUGGUUCACUUCAUGGAGCUGUGGGGCAAAUCCAGCCUCAACACCAUCAUCUUUACAGAGCCCGACUUUUCUUACUUGGAUGCUUUGGCUCCCUACCAGCCGCUGGCUAUGAAGUGUGUUUACUGUCCCAUUGACACACGGCUCAACUUCCACCAAGUGUCAAAGUUGCUCAAGGAAGUCCAGCCCCUCCAUGUGGUGUGUCCAGAGCAGUACACCCAGCCUCCUCUGACCCAGUCCCACCGCUCUGAUCUGAUGCUGGAGCUGCAGCCCCCUCCUAUGCCCUACAGACGCUGCUCUGUACUCAACCUGCCCUUCAGACGCCGCUAUGAGCGGGUCUACAUACUGCCUGAGCUGGCCAACUCCCUGGUGCCCUCUGAGAUUAAACCUGGCGUUUCCCUGGCAACUGUGUCUGCAGUGCUGCACUCCAAGGACAACAAACACACACUACAGUCGGUGCCCAAACCCCCUCCAGUGCCCCCCAGCAAGAAGAGGAAGCGGCUAAUGGAGGAGCCUCCAGUAGUGCUGGCCCCCAAACCCCUGCUGAGUGGAGCUGUGCCCCUGGAUGCUUUCUUGGCCACAUUGCAAAAGCACGGUAUUACAGAGGUCAAAGUGGAGGAGACGGCGGACGGACACAUUCUGCACCUGCAGGCGGAGGACACACUGAUUCAGCUGGAGGAGGACGGGACACACAUCGUCUGCGACAACAACGAGCCGCUGCGUACCACACUGAGAGACCUGGUGCUCCGCUUCUUGCAGAAACUCUGACCUUCAUGACUCCUGAAUGUUUUGACUAUUUCUGCUUUACUGGACUGUGAAUAACAAAAAGAGAUAAUGAUGGAGGAGAAGGAGAUAGUCUGUCCCCACCUCAGCAACUGCAACAGUUACAGUAGUUCAGUUCUAUUUUGUAAAAUAGUAUUUUGUAUUAAAAGGUUUUUUUCAAACA